UUGUCCCCAAGAGUUUUGCCAUUUCCUACAGGGAAUCUCUGCAGGCAGCCGGGUCACUGCUUGGGCUUUGGGUGGUCCCAGGCGACCUCAGAACCGGGAUCCUAGGCAAAGGCAACCGUAAUGAACCGGGUCUGAUUGUCGCACAGGCACUGCUACCACCUAGUGCAAAAGCGGAGGUGGUUCUUCAGGCCUGGACACACUUUCGCAGAGGAUGGUGAUGUUAAUUAUAACCUGUCCUUUAUGUGAAGGUUUCUUCAGUUGCCAAGGGGAGCUUAAAAUGUGUUUGUUUACUUAACAUCUAAAAACCCAUUUAUCCUUAAAGACUUUUUUAAGGUUAACAAUCAAGAUGGUACAUGCUGAAGCCUUUUCUCGUCCCUUGAGUCGGAAUGAAGUUGUUGGUUUAAUUUUCCGUUUGACAAUAUUUGGUGCAGUAACAUACUUUACAAUCAAAUGGAUGGUAGAUGCUAUUGAUCCAACCAGAAAGCAAAAAGUAGAAGCUCAGAAACAGGCAGAAAAAUUAAUGAAGCAAAUUGGUGUGAAAAAUGUGAAGCUUUCAGAAUACGAAAUGAGUAUUGCUGCUCAUCUCGUAGACCCUCUUAACAUGCAUGUUACUUGGAGUGAUAUCGCAGGUUUAGAUGAUGUCAUUACGGAUCUGAAAGACACAGUCAUCUUACCUAUCAAAAAGAAGCAUUUGUUUGAAAAUUCCAGGCUUCUGCAGCCCCCAAAGGGUGUUCUUCUCUAUGGGCCUCCAGGCUGUGGUAAAACGUUGAUUGCCAAGGCUACAGCCAAAGAAGCAGGUUGUCGAUUUAUUAACCUUCAGCCUUCAACACUGACAGAUAAGUGGUAUGGAGAAUCUCAGAAAUUAGCUGCUGCUGUGUUUUCUCUUGCCAUAAAGCUACAGCCUUCCAUCAUCUUUAUAGAUGAAAUAGAUUCCUUUCUACGAAACCGUUCAAGUUCUGACCAUGAAGCUACAGCCAUGAUGAAAGCUCAGUUUAUGAGUCUCUGGGAUGGAUUGGAUACUGACCACAGCUGCCAGGUCAUAGUGAUGGGAGCUACUAAUCGUCCUCAGGACCUUGACUCAGCUAUAAUGAGAAGAAUGCCUACCAGAUUUCAUAUCAACCAGCCUGCUCUAAAACAAAGAGAAGCAAUCCUGAAACUCAUCUUGAAAAAUGAGAAUGUGGAUAGACAUGUGGACUUGCUAGAAGUUGCCCAGGAAACUGAUGGGUUUUCAGGAAGUGACCUAAAAGAGAUGUGUCGAGAUGCUGCCCUCCUCUGUGUCAGGGAAUAUGUUAAUUCUACAUCAGAAGAAAGCCACGAUGAAGAUGAAAUUCGGCCUGUGCAACAACAGGACCUGCAUCGGGCAAUUGAAAAGAUGAAGAAAUCAAAGGACGCAGCAUUUCAGAAUGUUUUAACACAUGUUUGUUUAGAUUAAGAGUAAAGGUCAUUUGUACAGUUGAGUGUGACCUGGUUUGGUAUGCACUGUUAUCAUUAGUGGAAAUAGACUGGAAGGAGGAACAUUCUUUAAACAGUGAAGGAGUUGAAUGACCCUGGUUUUGUACUCUGAAUUUUAAGUUAUUGAGAUAUAGUUGUUACAUAAACGGUAUUACUACUUGUCAAAAAUCAUGAGGAGGAACAAUUUAAUCCAACCUGAGUGUGGGUGCUUAUGUUUGACCUCUUUAGCCAUAUAUUGCAGCCUUAUAGCAUUUAGACUGGUCUUAAAAGUAACAAAAGAUUCAGUGAGAAAAGGGGGGGUGUGGUUAAAUGCUGGUUUCUAGAUAUGUGAGUGAGAGAGAGAGAGUAUUACAUGUAUAUAUUUACACAUUUUAUAUUGACAUUCUGUAGAUACGUUUGAGUAAGAAACAUUUUUUUACCCCAACUGCUGAAUCAAAAAGUAUCAAAUAGUAUAUAGCGAAACUAAGAUUGAAGGAUGUGUCUAAAAGUUAUAGUGGUUCAGCCAUUUUCAGUUGCCACUUGUUUCAGCUUUUUUUUUAGUUGAGCAUUUCUCUGCAAUUGAAUAGUUGAAAUCAGCCACACCUGAAUAUUUCAAUGUAGCUCAAUUAUUAAGGUUGUUAGGAUAAUCAAAUAAAAAUACUUGUUCAGUGAUCAGCAUUGAAUAGUUUUCAGGCAGUUGCGUGAUGAACACUGAUUUCAUCUUUUUCUGCAAGCACACUGUGUAAUGUUUUUAAUUGAUAUACGUAAAGGUGAAUUGAAAGCCUUUCAAAAGAAUGGCUUUGCAAAACCUCAGUGCCACUCAAAACAUGCAUGUGACUUUUUUUCCUUCAUUUAAUGUAACAUAGUUCUGUUGAAACCAUGUUUUUUUUUAAUGUUAUUAUAAAGUUAUAUGUUCUUCAAUUAUGGUCAAAUACAAUUUGGUCAUCAAAAAUGAAAGUUUGAAGCAAAUAGCUGUUACUAAAUGUGCUAAAAAUACUCAUUUUGUAACUGAAAUUUUUAAAGUUUUCUUAGCAUAUUAUAAUGUGCCCUAGUUAGUACAGAUAUACACAUCAAAAUUCCCAUAUUGUAUCUGUAGUCAUUUGAUGCAACGUGCACUACGUGUAGGUGAACCAUUUUGUUUUGUCCAAAAUUUCACUAGCCAGAAUUCUUUGUAGGCACUUAAACACACAGCAUGAGGCAAAUGGCACAAUACAACCUUGAGCAACUUCUGAAUCAUAAGAAAGAUUAAAUUAUGCUUUCAUAUAUUUUUGUUAAUAUAUUUCUUUGAAAACUCUUAA